AGGGCUGAAACUUUCCUCUGGGCUGAGCUCGCUCUUUCGAGCUUCUCUGACACUUCCCACCCUUUUUUCCCCCCACUCAUUCCCAAAUAAGGACAAAAGUUCCAUAUUUUAGCGUGGAAGUGCCCUCCCUAUGGUAUAAUAGGGGCUGCUCCCAUUGGUGUGUGAGUGAGUCAGUGACUGGCAAAUCCCCUCUUCAUUCGACCGCCAGAAAGAGAGAAGGAAGGAGAGAGACACACAGGAAGAAAGAAAGAAAGAAAGAGUGCGAGAGAAAGUAAGAAACAGUGUGUGAGAGAGGGAGAAAUAGAGUGAGAGGGACAGAGAGAAAGGAACAGGGAGAAAGAGAGUGUGAGUGAGUAAGAGAGAGAGAAAAAGAGAGAUUAUCCUCACAGCAUGGCCGGAGCCACUUCUCUGGAGUCAGUGCGGCGGAAGAUCCAGAGCCUGCAGCAACAGGCGGACGAAGCGGAGGAACGGGCCGAGCGGCUUCAGCGGGAGCUGGACAAGGAGCGCGAACUGCGGGAGAAAGCUGAAGGAGAGGUUGCUGCCCUCAACAGAAGAAUCCAGCUGGUUGAGGAAGAGCUGGACCGGGCACAGGAGCGUCUGGCCACUGCCCUGCAGAAGUUGGAGGAGGCAGAGAAGGCAGCGGAUGAGAGCGAGAGAGGUAUGAAAGUAAUUGAGAACCGUGCGAUGAAGGAUGAGGAGAGGAUGGAGCUUCAGGAGCUGCAGCUGAAGGAGGCGAAACACAUUGCAGAAGAGGCUGAUCGCAAAUAUGAAGAGGUCGCCCGUAAACUUGUCAUCCUUGAAGGAGAGCUGGAGCGAGCUGAGGAACGAGCUGAAGUCGCAGAGAUGAAGUGUUGUGACCUGGAGGAAGAACUGAAAAAUGUCACCAAUAAUCUCAAGUCACUGGAGGCUCAAUCGGAUAAGUACUCUGAGAAGGAGGACAAGUAUGAAGAUGAGAUCAAGAUUCUGACUGACAAGCUGAAGGAGGCAGAAACUCGUGCGGAGUUUGCUGAAAGGACUGUGGCCAAACUGGAAAAGACCAUCGAUGACCUGGAAGAAAAAGUUACUCGUGCAAAAGAAGAGAACAUGGGAAUGCACCAGGUCCUCGAUCAAACUUUACAAGAACUCCACAAUUUAUAAAGAAAACCUUAAGGAACAUAACUCCCAGCAACCAAUGCCAACUGAUCGCUUGCGAUUGAACAUUCCACAAUGUCCUGUCCCUUUGAGCAAGUGUCAACUUAUUCCACCCAACCAUUAAAGAUUGAAUGCCGACCAAAGUUUUUUUUUAAA